UUACUACCUCUUUCUUCUCUACCCUAUUUGUCGACUGAAAAUACAUCGACACUAGGGUUUGGGAGAGAGUUCAGCCUAGUUUUUCUUCUCAAAUUCUGUAACAGGUUCUCCUUCCACCUUCACAAUCAUCGGAGUUAUGGGCAAGUCUAGUAAAAAGGUUGAGGCUGCUCCCGCUAUAGCUGUUGCCGCCAAGCCGACUAAGAAAGGAGGCAAGAGGCAGGCUGAAGAAGCCUUGGAGAAGGUUGUUGCUUCGAAGAAGCAGAAGAAAGAAGUUGUUCCACAAGUCGUUCAGAAGGAGAAAUCUAAAGUGAAGACCCAGAAGAAGAAGAAAGAGGAAACAAGUAGUUCUGAAGAUGACUCUUCUUCUGAGGAAGAACAAAAGGUUACUUUAACAAAAAAGGUUACCCAAGCUAAGCCCCCUGUCGAUGAAUCGAGCAGUGACGAAUCCUCUUCAUCUGAUGAUGAGCCUACUCCAGCAAAGAAGCAAGCACCUGUUAAAAAUGGGAAGCCUGCUGCUGCUGUGAAGAAAGCUAAAGUGGAGAGUGAGAGUUCAGAGUCUGAUUCUGAUUCAUCAGAAGAUGAGAAGCCUGCUACUAAGAAGGGACCAGCAGCUGCUAAAACUGGCGUUGCUGCUGUGCCUGCCACAAAAGCCAAAGUAGCUGAAAGCAGCAGUGACGACUCUUCCGAGGAGGAUUCUGAUUCAGAUGAGGAGCCUGCUGCCAAAAUAGCUGUUCCUGCUAAGAAGCAACCUGUUGUUGCAAAGAAUGGGUCUGUUAGCGCUGCUUCCAAGAAAGCAAAUGCAGCUGAAAGCAGUAGCUCAGAUGAAGAAUCUGAUGACAGUGAAUCUGAUGAAGAGGAGGCUGCUCCUGCGAAGGUAGCUGCUCCUGCCAAGACUGCUCCUGCACAAGCUGCAAAGAAAAAAGAAGAAUCAAGUGAGAGCUCUGAAGAAAGUGAUUCUGAUGAGUCAUCUGAUGAAGAUGAGAAGGCUGCAGCUGUCCCCAAGAAGCUUACUGCCCCUGCUGUCCCAAAGAAAGCUGAAUCAAGUGAUAGCUCGGAGUCUGAUAGUGAUUCUGAUGAAGAUGAGCCUGCUGCAGCCAAGCCAGCUGUUGCUGCAAAGGCUAAGGAAUCAAAGAAGGAUGCUAUGGAUGUUGACGGCAGUGAUGAAGAUGAUAGCUCUGACGAAAGUGAAGAUGAACCUGCUGAUACAAAGAGUAAGGCGACUGCUAAAAAGGAAAGCAGCAGCAGUGAAGAAGACAGUGAAAGUUCCGAUGAUGAGAGUGAAGAUGAAAAGCCUGUAAAAACACCUGCGAAAAAGGAUGUUGUGAUGGUUGAUGCUCCAAAGGAGCCCAAGACACCUGUUACUCCUAAUGACUCUGCUGAAGCUUGUACCUUGUUUGUUGGCAAUCUGCCUUUCGAGGUUGAAAGAGCUGAUGUAGAAAAUUUCUUCAAGGAUUGUGGUGAGGUUACAGACGUUCGUUUUGCUAUGGAUGCUGAGGGAAAUUUCAGGGGGUAUGGACAUGUUGAUUUUUCUACAUCCGAGGAAGCAAAGAAGGCUCUUGAGAUGAAGAAUGGUGAGUCUUUGAACGGCAGGGGUCUUAGACUUGAUCUUGCUCGUCCAAGGGGUGAAAGGCAAACUCCGUAUAGCGGCAAAGACAACAAUAGCUCUUUCCAGAAGGGCGGAAGAGGUCAGGGCCAGAAGGUAUUUGUUCGAGGGUUCAACACAUCACGCGAGGAGGAUGAGAUUAAGAAUUCUCUAUCCGAGCAUUUCAGCUCUUGUGGUGAAGUGACGUUUAUCAAGCUUCCAAAAGAUUAUGAGACUGGAGCCUUCAAAGGAAUGGCCUUUGUUGAGUUCUCUGAUACCGACUCUAUGAACAAGGCUUUGGAACUUGACGGAAGUGAUCUUGGAGGUGACUAUUUGACAGUACAGGAGGCAAAACCUAAACCAGAUGCUGAUGGCUUCAGUGGUGGUGGUAGAGGCUACGGAAGCGGAGGUGGAGGUAGGGGCUUUAGUGGCGGCCGAGGUGGAAGAGGAUUUGGUGGCGGACGAGGUGGUGGAAGGGACUUUGGUGGUAGGAGUGGUGGCAGAGAUUCCGGAGGACGUUUUGGUGGUCGACGUGGUGGUGGUAGAGGUGGUGACAGAGGACGUGGAAGGUCCAGUUUUACUCCUUCAGGUAAGAAAACUACCUUCAGGGAUGACGAUGAAUAGACCUGUCAAACGCGGAAGAGAAUCACUCUACAAUGGGUUUCUUUUCUCUCCCGAGUCUCGAUAGGAAGAAGUAUCUUUAUUGCUCGUGGCAGAGUAUAAAUUUCUUUUUCUGUG